AUAAGACACUCGAGUCCUUGGAAGUGUCCCAGCAAGAGGACACAGGCUGCAACCAGGCAGACAAGUGAAGGACGAAGAGCCAGAGACCGUGAAGGAACUCAGACAUGGAGACCGGCCCCGCGCCCCUGGACAGACCCCGGAUGGAUAUGGCCACCUUCACUGAGAACUUUAGUCCACAAAUGCUGAAAGAAACACACCUGUGCUACGAGUGGGACGUGCCAGAAGGUGACUCCAGGAUCCCAGUGGACCAGAUGAAGGGCUUCCUGCGCAACAAGGGUGCUGACACACGGGAGGCCCGCCAUGCAGAGCUGUGCUUCCUGGAUCUGAUCCCUUCCUGGGGCCUGGACAAGAACGAGCACUACAGCGUCACCUUGUUCAUCUCCUGGAGCCCCUGCCCUGACUGUGCCCGCAGCCUGGUGGCUUUCCUGCGCGAGAACGGCCACCUGAGCCUGCGCAUCUUUGCCGCCCGCAUCUAUAGCAAAAACUGGGGUUAUGAAGACGGACAGCGCCAACUGCAGGCGGCUGGGGCCGAAGUCUCCAUCAUGAGCAUCGAUGAGUACCAGCACUGCUGGGAAGCCUUCGUGGACCACCAGGGAGGACCAUUCCAGCCCCACCCCAAGCUGCACAAACACAUUGAAGAAGAGUCACAGAGGCUGGAGGGAAUCCUCAGGGCGAGGUCCCCUCCCUGCUCUCCCCCUGCUCCCCUCCCUCCUCACCUUCUCUCCCUGGUGAGUUAUUUCCCUCUGCUCAGGCCUCCUCUGUGUCACCUGCUCCCUCCUGGGACACCAGCCCCAUCCCUCCGGUCCCUUCUCACAAGGCCCCUCUGCUCUCCCACGUCCGUGUGUCCCUCCGUCCUUCCCCAUCCCUGUAGAGCCCCGACCUCUUCUCUGUUCCUCUUUCCACCUGCUACGCUCCCCACACCCUUCAACCUGCUUCUCCGUCCAGAUUCAGGGGGAACCGAAAAUGAACUCAACGUCUCUGAACGA